CUCGUGGGUUGUCCAAUUUCUUCCCCUUUUACUUUGCGCAGGUCGCUUACUAGGUUCACUUGAGCCCACUGCGCCCUCUUCCCUCUUCCCUCAUCAUGACUACCGAGCAGUUGCGCGUGCUCAUUGUCGGCAAUGGCGGUCGUGAACAUGCACUGGCCUGGAAAUUGAGCCAGUCGCCUCGCGUCGACACCGUCUUCGUCGCUCCCGGAAACGGCGGUACCGGCAGCGGUGCCUCGGACAAGAUCCAGAACGCCAACGUUAAGGGCGAUGAUUAUCCCGGACUGGUAGCAUUUGCGCAGCAGAACGGCGUGAACCUCGUCGUGCCUGGUCCCGAGGCUCCCCUUGUGGACGGUAUCCAAGGUUAUUUCCAGGCUGUCGGCAUUCGAUGCUUCGGUCCCUCCAAAGCCGCCGCCCGUAUGGAGGGCUCAAAGACUUUCUCUAAAGACUUCAUGAAGCGCCACAACAUCCCCACUGCCGCCUAUGAGAACUUUUAUGAAUAUGAGCCCGCUCGCCAGUACCUCGACUCUGUCUCCCAUCAGGUCGUCAUCAAGGCCGACGGCCUGGCCGGUGGUAAGGGCGUCAUCAUUCCCACCACUAAGGAGGAGGCUCACCAGGCCCUCCGUGAGAUGAUGGUUGAGAACCAGUUUGGCAAGGCCGGCAGCGAGGUCGUCAUCGAGGAGUACCUCGAAGGCGAUGAGCUCAGUGUUCUCACCUUUUCUGAUGGCUACACCAUCCGUUCUCUCCCCGCUGCCCAGGAUCACAAGCGCAUCUUCGACGGAGACCAGGGCCCCAACACCGGUGGCAUGGGUUGCUACGCCCCGACUCCUAUUUCCUCCAAGGCCGUGCUGGACGUGAUUGACCGCACCAUCGUGCAGCCGUCGGUUGACGGCAUGAGAAGAGAUGGGUUCCCUUUUGUCGGUAUCCUCUUUACCGGUCUGAUGAUGACCAAGGACGGUCCUAAGGUCCUCGAGUACAACGUUCGCGGCGGUGACCCCGAGACUCAAACUCUGCUGCCUCUGCUCAGCGAUGACACCGAUCUGGCCGAGAUCAUGGUCGCCUGUACCGAGCACUGGCUAGACGGUGUCUCUAUCAAGAUCAAGCCCAACUUCUCCACCACAGUUAUUGCCGUCGCUGGUGGCUACCCUGGCUCCUACGCCAAGGGCAAGAAGAUCACACUCGACUCCCCCACCGAAGGCACCCUAAUCUUCCACGCAGGUACCAACCUCGUUAACGGCGAGUUGCAAACCGCUGGCGGCCGUGUCAUUGCUUCCACCGCCACUGCUUCCAGCCUCGAGGAGGCCGUUCGCAAGAGCUAUGCGGGCAUUUCCACCAUUCACUUCGAGGACAUGUUCUACCGCAAGGACAUCGCUCAUCGGGCUUUCCGCCAGCGCGAUGCCGCUGCUGCUCAGAAGGAGUCUCUUACCUAUGCCGCUGCGGGUGUCUCCAUUGAUGCCGGUAACGAUCUCGUCAACCAAAUCAAGAGCUCCGUUGCCAAGACUAAGCGUCCUGGUACUGACGCCGUGAUCGGUGGCUUCGGUGGCCUCUUCUCCCUGGCCGCCGCCAACUCUGCCUACGAUCCUAACUCCCCGACCCUGAUUGGCGCCAUUGACGGUGUAGGCACCAAGCUCAAGAUUGCCCACGCAGCUGGUGUACACAACACCGUGGGUAUUGACCUGGUCGCCAUGAAUGUCAAUGACCUGGUUGUUCAGGGUGCUGAGCCUCUCUUCUUCCUGGACUGCUACUCCUGCGGCCACCUCGAUGUGCCCACGGCCGCUGCCUUUGUCACCGGUGUCGCCGAUGGCUGUGUCCAGGCUGGCUGCGCCUUGAUUGGUGGAGAGACCGCUGAGAUGCCUGGUCUCUUUGUCGACAACACCUACGAUGCUGUUGGUGCCGCCGUUGGCGCCAUCAACACGACGGGCCCUAACGCUCGGCCUAUUCUUCCCGAGACCGCCGCCAUGAAGGCCGGUGAUGUGCUGCUGGCCCUGGCCUCCUCGGGACCCCACUCCAACGGCUACUCGCUGGUUCGCAAGGUCGUCGAACGCUCCGGCCUCAGCUACGACGCUGCCGCCCCCUUCACCAUGCCCUCCGCCACGGGACCCCAGACCCUCGGUCAAGCCCUCCUUACCCCUACUCGCAUCUAUGUGAAGCCCCUCCUCAAGGCCCUCUCUAUCCCCUCCGCUACCCCUGCCGUUCCCAACUCCUCCGCUAUCAAGGGUCUCGCUCACAUCACCGGUGGCGGUCUCGUGGACAACGUUCCCCGCAUGUUGCCCUCCACCUUGACCGCACACAUCAACGUGGCGAGCUGGAAGCUUCCCUCCGUCUUCGCCUGGCUUAAGCAGACCGGCAAUGUCGAGGCAAUUGAAAUGGCCCGCGCCUUCAACUGCGGUAUCGGUAUGGUCAUCGCCGUCGAGAAGGGCUCCGAGGCGGCCGUCAAGGACCUCCUCCAGAAAGAGGGUGAGGCCGUCUAUGAGAUCGGUGAGCUCAAGGCCAGAACCGAGGGCGAGGAGGGAUGUGUCCUUACUGGAUUGGAGAGCUGGGAUGCCUAAACUAUUUUGAAAUGAUUUAUACCAAUUGCUUUGAACUUUUUCUCUUUUUUUUUCCCUUCUAAACCUGAAUGAAAAGUGUCAGCUAUUCUUUUCCAUGCACCACCGUCGUCCCCAGGAUCAUGCUUAGACGAGGAUGGACAUUUUUUUACGAUUUAGUGCACCGGAGCACUAUUUGAUUGAGUCCUUGAUGUAUCUACGAUCUCCCUGCACAUAUAUGUACCUCUCACCCCUACGAGAGUGUCUGAUUUGCUUGAUUUCCUCAUGAAUGUGUCUUCAACUUUCUUGAUUUCAUUUCUUUACCCACGAGAGAAUAUACCACGAGACAAUUCUACCCAC